GCGGGGGCAACAACAACAACACACACCUAGCUACACUGAGAAGAACAUCUAAAGAAAUGAUAUGAAAUGUCCUUUUUGUAGCUCGUGAAUGCUGCUUUAUCACAGAUAGGCAAAACGUUCCCACGAACAGAGUACAAAAUAAUUCUGCACGGAUGUGAAUUCGGACGCUAUGUUGUGUUUUUAACACAGAAAUAACAUGUUAUGUCGCGCAGACCAUAGAAGCUAACUAGCUGUAACGUUACGAUUCGCUUGCUUACACCCUGUCUGGUUCUUCUUUUUCGGUUUUCUGUUUCAUGUCAGUGGUCUCCGGUACGUCGCGCAGACAUGGAGAGCUUGUACAAGCGGAAAAUGUUCGCGUCGAUGCGGAAAACCAAGGUGGACGCAUCGAAGAAGCGACAGAUCGGCCUACCCGCCUCCAUCCUGGACGACAGUGACGAAGGCUCCUUCUCUUCCUCCUCGUCCGUAUCCCAGUCCGACUUUCAGAGCUCCCCGGAAGAGGACAGUGAGCAGGAGGACCGGGACCGGAGCGAUUCUGGGGCGACUUCGAGCGACGACAGCCGCUCAGUGACACGCAGAAAGCGCUCGUUCUUGGGAGGCGACGACAGCUCCUCAUCCUCCAGUCCCGGGGAGGAGGAGGACGAUGAGGAGGACAGGAGCCAGCCGAAGAGGAUGGUGCAGCCCAGAAAGCGGAGCAGGCUUCAGCGGCAGGACGAGUCGGACUCGGACCAUGCGGAGGAGAAGCUGAGAGAGGAGGCGGAGAAGGCGAAGAGGAGGCAAAGACACAACAAGCUGCUGGCACUGUCUCGGAGGAUGAAAGCUCGGGUGCCGAGCCGCAGGAGGUUCCGCCUGAAGCAGGGUGGUGAUGUGGAAGAGUCUAAGGAAGCUGAGGAUGCAGCUGGUGGUGAUGAAGAUGAAGGCGGAGGAGAAAACGGCAGCAAGAGAAAGGCCUCAGAUGAGGAUGACGGAGGUGGAGUGGAGGAGAAAGACAAAGACGAGGCAAAGGAGGAGCAGGAAGAGGAGGAGGAGGAGGUGGUGGGGAAGAAGUAGAUCCGUACCAUGAUGGAGGACAGAGGAGAGGUUGAAGAUAAAGACCUAAAAACUUAAACCAUCUGAAAAUGACUCAUAACUGUUUGUACAGUUGUUUGUUUUUUGGUCAUUUUUCCUUGAUGUUUGUGCUCCUGUCAUGGGUAAGUAGGCUACACAGUUAAAUGGUUUCUUUUUUGUCUGUUCUAAUUGUGUUUAUUGCUGAUGUACCAUCGGGAGUCUGCACAGGGUGUUAUAUUUUGAAAAUUUAUCGGAUUCUCCAUGCGUUCCUGUCUUCUUGCCUGGCUCGAUCUGUUCUGUGCAGCUGGAUGCGGCGUCUGUUAAAAAAAGACUUCUGGUGGAAUCACAAGCUCCCAUUGGAGUUUGAAGUCUUGUGGCGGACGGAACAAAGCCGUCACAGCUGGGACAUGAUGCAGCCACACCAUGGUAGAAUCCCUGUGUUAGAGUGGUGGUGAGGUCAAAAAGUGGCUGGUGGAUAUGUCGCUCCUGAUUUAGUUUUAUAUAAUAUUCUUUGUGAUUUACAACUGACAUAAGUCAAGUUUUAUUUAUAUAUCUCAAAGUCAUAAAUUCCAGUUGAUGGUCCCAGAUAGAUCUCAUGUCACUUGUGUUCCACCAACAGGUGCAGCUUCUCACAGGUAGAUGUUGUGUAAAACUGCCAGCUUAUAAUGUUGCAGAUGAAGAUAAUCAGUCCUUGAAGGAAGCUGUCAGUGAUGGAAAUUUUCUGUGUUUGUGGUUGCUAAUGCAGUGUUCACAUCAUAUGGAAUGGAUAGUAAAGAAAGAUUCCUAUUCCUAUUCCUAAUAUCUUAUAAGUGUUCACCUCAGCAGACAACUCAAGAUGAUUGUAUGAUUACAGUGUUGGUCAAGUGAGGGUUAAAAAUACUGUGCUUUAACAAUAUAACACUAUAUCCAUUAUUUUAUUUUUUUCUAAUCACCUUGGAUUAUGUUCUUUGGCUUUUCCCCUUUUGUUUGAUAUUUUAGGCUUUUCAUAUCAUUAGUGACAAAUCUGACACAUAAAAGCUUUCCAAAAAUUUCCUUGUCAGAUUGGGACUUAAACUUUGAUGUGAAUGUGAUACAAGCUACCUGCAGCUACAUACUCUCCCCAUACAACUAGCAUAGCAAGUGGAAUCUGUUGGAUAUAGGAAGAAGUGCAGCACAGUGGACAGGACCUCAUCAGUGUCCGCUGACUGUCUGCAGGACAUGAAUCUCAUCUGGCUGAAAUAUCAGUACAAACAAUGAGACACUGAGAUGAAGAAAUCGUCCUCUAUUGAUGAAACGCCAAAGGUAACCGACUCUGGGAGAGAAGUCGACCACGAGAGAGCACUGCUGUCAGAAACAUCAUUUCAGACAGCCUCAAGUGAUGAAACUCUGAUUUCACAGGUGUGGAUAGGCAAUAGCUGCUGAGGCUUCUGGGUACUGCAGUCAGUCAUUCAACAUACCCAACUGACAGCACUCAAAAUCUUUUUUGUUGCACUUUUCUAAAACAUAACACUACAUGGAGCACUGUUCCAGCAAAGGAAACUUUAUUUGGUAAGUUUUUUGUGAUCACUGUCUGACAGACUCCUGGCUGAUGUCAGCAGUGGACUUAGACUGAAUUAUUUCAGUCAUGAACUGAAACACCCGUCUAUAGUUUUAAAGAAAUGUUUGUGUUUGGGAGUUCUGUCCAUCCCUUCUAUGAGUUAUAUGUACAUGUGACUCAGCUGCCACCCUCUAGCUUCAGAUGCUUCAACUUGAGGAUUUGCUGCUUUUCUCUGUCUCAUUUCUUUGUAAACUGAGUGUCUUUGGGUUUAGGACUGACAAAAAAAAGUCAUUUCAAUACACAUUUAUGCACUUGGGAAAGUGUCAUCGACAUUUUCACUGUUAUCUCACAUUUUAUAACAAAAACAAAAAUGUAAUGAACGCUUGAAUCGAUAAGGAGAAUGAUAGGCCCAAAAAUGUCUAGCCAUACUCAUCCGUUACUCUGAAAAAACUCCUGACAUUUUAAAUGUGUUCACUUUUGAGUUUCUCUCCAGAACUAACAGGACUGACAGGACUGAGCCCAAAGUAUAGGUUUGCCUUGAGUUGUGAUAAACAUAGACAGCAAGCGUGGAUGUUCAUUCUUGACCUUUAGCAACAGUAAUUGACCUUUGGCACUAAACUUCGCAUAUACCAGAACUGUUUCAAUAUUGAAAGAUUUCCAGUAAAAUGUUGUCACAGCUGACAGGAAAGAUGGAGACUCAGACUGUGAAAGAAACAUGAGUAUUUUUUGUGAAGUUUGUACAUGUCAUCUGAGAUUCUGGACAUUUCUUUUGAAUACAGAAAAAAGGAUUGCAAUUCACUUUAGGCACUCGCUGAAAGCAUUUAAUUUGAUUUGUUAUUCAUUUGUGUAAAUGAUAACAUAUAUCGAGUUUCUUGUAGUGUAUAUAGAAUUCAUUUGGACAGCCCAUCCAAAAACUUCCUUCAUGCUUUUCUAUUUAUUUAUUUCUCUUGAUUGUAUGUCACAGUGCUGCAUGCAUGUUACCUUGCGAGGCAGCUGUUUUGACAAGAUCAUGCGAAUCCAGACUUCUUUUCAGGCUUAAAGUUAUGUCAUCAGUUAUAUCACAACUGGACAGUAUAUCUUCAUUGAAAGAAGAGCAAAGAACAGCACCGGCUUUUCUCCAUGGAAAAGAUGUUUUCUCUUUUCUCCCGAAUGGCAUCGACAAGAGUCCUACUAUGUCAUGGUUUGUUGAGCUGAUUGAAGUUAGCUUGUGAUAGAUGGUGAUAAACAGAUGGUUCAUCCAUUCACCUGCUAUUUUUUGAAAGUGCCUGCCCUUUUCCAAACAUUUUCCAUGGUCGACUUCCCAGAUGUGUAGCAAACAUCAGGCACAUCAGGUUAGCAUUCAUGUGCUAAUAUACAUGGGAAAAAUAUCCCAAUUCAGAAGUGUGCUCCUUUUAAAAUUCACUUCUAUUCUUGUUUUUCCUCUCUCCCCUCGCCCCUUCCAUUUAUUCUGCUUCCAUAAUGAUGCGUUUAAUUGCAGUUGUAUAGAUAAAAAAAGACAUCCCUGAUGAUAACUUCAGCCUGUUUUUGCUGAUUUUGAGCUUUGACAGCUACACAUAAGAUAUAAGCUGCUAAGAAACUGAGCUGUAAAAAGUUGUUUAUGUCCAGUUUUCAGUCUGAAAUUCAAGCGGAGUUUAACUGUGUUUCACUAGUAACUACCGGUACUUACCCUCAACCCUUGGUAUUGUGUAACAGCUCACAGAGGCCACUUGGAGAGCACAGGGUAAGUGAGCAUGGGAGGUGUGGGGGAUUUAAAUGUAAUGCACUGUCCCUUGUCAUCAGUAGUCAUGAUGGAUUGGCGGCUAGUUAUGUAUGCAGUGCUUUAUUGUGCCUUGCAGGUACUUCACCAUCACUGCUGAUGCCUUUCAAUGAGAAGCUCCGUCUCUAAAUACCAGUACAACAUAAACAAUCACCAUUGUGUGUCCUACUAACAUUACUAUAAUGUGAAAUGAUGGACAAAACAGCAUAAUUCAGUAAUUUGGUAAUUCUGAAUGCAAAUAAUGGGCAAUUGUGUCAUGCUACUGAAGGAAAUUGCUUAGCAUGACAAUUUGACUUUUGACUUGACUGAUUGUCUGGAUAUUGUUACUUACACUUGUAGAUUGUUUUCUCAGACAUUUUUUUUUCUGUUUGUUCCGAUCAGAAACAUCUGGUUUAAAUACUUUAAAUCAGCACCUCGUUGAUCAUAGUGGAGCUGACGUAUGCACUGUGGUUGAUCUGCAGUGCUGAGUCAUCAUUGUUCUCUCUCAGCCCUUGAAGGGUAGAUCUCAAGUUCAAUUGAGUUUUGCAGAGAAAUGGAAUGACACUUGUCAUGGUGGCAGAGAUUCCCCCAAGGCAAAUGCUAAGGGGAAGUCAACGACUUGAACAACUAAAGAAAUGUGCUGUGUAUUUACUUGUUUCUCAGUGUAUAUCUUUGUUGCUGUAUAAAGCUCUUUAGACCAGCCUACCCCUAUUGAAAACAUCUCCUUUAUUAAUAAAAUUUCAUUUUUUGU